CCGUCGUGAACAACAACGUCGACAAGGCAUAGUGCCAGUUUCACCAUGAUGAAAGGACUCAUCCUCGGACUUGCCUCGCUGGGCCUCGCCAGCACCGUUCCUCGCGCCGAGCCGGCGGUCGUACCGUUCCGCCGGGGUUGUCAAGUCUCGGACGAUGGCGCCGUCCAAGCCCGGGAUGCUGCCGCCGCCCACUUCACUGGCAGGACAAUGACAGCCCGUCGUCAGACCUACCCCGGCAACUUCACCGUCGACGUGAACUUCCACAUUGCCAGCACCGAAGCCGAGGCAGACCUCAUUACCGACGCCAUCGUCGAUGCCCAGUGGAAAAUCUUGCAUGACAGCUUCGCAAAGUACAGCAUCAACCUCGUUCUCAACUCCACUGAGCGCGUCGUCGAUAACCUCACAGGCUCCGCGUUCCUCAUCAAUGAAGGCGGUUCUGCCGGUUGGGUCUACCACGAGGCCGAGUACAAUGCCUACCUCAAGGCCUCCCGCAAGGGCGGCUACGAUGCCCUCAACUUGUACUUCUUUAGCAGUUACUCCCCCGGUGCCACUGGCUACUGCCAGUUCCCUACCGUUCUUCCCGCAGAGGGCAAGGACAGCUUGACCUUUGCCAAGGACUCGUGCCAGCUCAGCGCCAUGACAAUGCCAGGGUUCACUGUCGAGCAGGGCGGCUUUGAGAGCUGGAACCUCGGCCACCUUGCCGUUCACGAGGCUGGCCACUGGUUUGGUCUAAACCAUACCUUUGCUGGUGGAUGUUCUGACACGGCGGGCGACUUUGUUGCGGAUACGCCGGCACAGAGAACUGAGGUGUACGGGUGCCCUGCUGAUUCGGAUACGUGCCCGGAUCUGCCGGGUCUGGAUCCUGUUCACAACUUCAUGGGUUACGCUGAUGAUUCUUGUACCAACGAAUUCACUCCUGGGCAAAAGGAACGCAUGUUUUCAACCUUCUUUGGAUGGCGAAGGAAAUAGACGAAUUCUGUAGACACCUCUUGAUCCAUAACCAUGACGAAAUUUACUUAGCAAGUUCUUGGAAACAAGCAAAUUCAAUGACUUGAGUUACAUACACCCCGUAUGAAAUGCCCUUUG